UCGCGCCCAUUGCGUCGCGUCUCACAGGCAAUGAUGUUGAUUCCUGACUCGAACGCUACUUUUCACGCAUCCCAGGGCUCCCUUUGUGCGACCGAAAGACUCCGAGGGCAAGAUUCACCUUCUUCUGAUGUGAAACCGGGUGCUUUCUACGUCCAAAGGCCCACUCCAUUGAAACCAAUCGCUCUUGGUUGAUCGCGCCCUGUGAGCGAAGGAGUAGCACUGCCGAUCAGUGCUUCAGUUGAUCAGACCUGAGGAGAUAUGCCAUGGACCGAUCAAGGUUCACGCCACACGACUCGGUCGCCUAUUUAUGGAUAGCUCUUGGUCUUCCAGAAGAGCCUUUACAUUCUCUCAGUCUCCCGAUUGACGCAGAGUGCUGUCCUUCUUCGUUCAAGGUCGAACACUUAGCACAGUCCACCAUUGCUACCUCAGCACUCGCAGCUGCCCUGUUUUGGUCCAUCCGCCACCAAUCUUCUGUUCCUCGGGUUACUGUUCCUGCCGAGCAUGCAUGUGUGGAGUUCAAGUCUGAGCGACUUUAUACGCUAGACGGCAAGCCGGCGCCCUCGGGCUAUAGCGCGGACCACCGCCUUUUCAAAACAGCCGAUGGGUAUGUCAGGAUACACGACUCAUUCCCGAAUCAUCGAGAGAACACUUCAAAGAUCCUGGGUCUGAGCGUAGACGCCACAAGAGCAGAUAUGGCGAAGAAGAUGCUGACAUGGAACUCUGUUGAUCUCGAGACCGAAGCAUUUCGGAACGGCACUGUCAUUGCGGCAGUACGCUCUUUUGAGCAGUGGGAUGCGCUAGCUCAAGCACGCGCGAUCGCAGACUUCCCUAUCUUGCUGAAUAAGAUUGGUAACUCUGCACCCUACCUGCCACCCGUACUCGAUACAGAUCUUGACAAUAAAUGUCUCCGCGGGAUCACUGUCGUUGAGAUGAGUCGAGUGAUAGCUGCCCCAGUAGCCGGGAAAACACUUGCAGUGCAUGGAGCGGAUGUUACCUGGAUUACAUCACCUACACUCCCCGAUCUUCCAGAUCUUGACAUUGAUUUAUCAAGAGGAAAACACAGGGUCCAACUUGACAUCAAACGAGAAGACGACAAAGCGAAGCUUCUCAAGCUCCUUGAAACGGCAGAUGUAUUCAUUCAAAGUUACCGUCCUGGAAGUCUCGCCGCCCAAGGCCUCUCUGCAGAAGAUCUUGUCAAAGCGAAUCCAACACUUAUUAUUGCGAGCUUGAACGCCUACGGUCCAGACGGUCCCUGGUCACACAAUCGAGGGUUCGAUUCUCUCGUACAAACCUGUUCAGGCAUUAAUUUCGCAGACGCUGAACGUUUUGGCACUGAUGAACCAGUACGCGUGCUACCCUGCCAAGCGUUCGAUCAUGGCGCUGGCUAUCUCCUUGCUUCUGGGAUUAUAGCAGCACUUUACAAACGUGCAACUGAUGGAGGGGCGUACAGUGUCAAUGUCUCCUUGGCCGGCGUGAUGAAGUACUUGAGAUCUCUGGGUCAGCAUGAGGGGAAAAGUGGGUUUGAUCGUAGGGACUUUACGCGGCCUGGUAAUGUGGAAAUGUAUCUGGAGACGAAGCAAACACCGUUUGGAGAAAUGAGAGCCGUCAAACACGCAGCACAUAUCGAGGGUGUAGAUGUUGGGUGGGAUACUACGUCUUAUGUGUCGACAAGCCGUUAAAAUGUAUGAUCUGACGUAAAGAGGUACUGGUAAUGCAAAUUUGACCAAGAUGAUACAUACUCCCAUCCUUGGCUUUACUUGCUCCAUAUUAAGUGUCUGAUUUGGGAAUGAAUUAUGUCAAUAUGUUGCGCAGAAGGGGUCCAUAGGCGGGGAAUCCCAGGGAAAACGAA